AAAAACUGUCAUGGCGGAUGCAUCUAGUGACGGGAGUGACAUUGAAGCAGAAAACGAUUAUGUAGGCGAUAGUUUUACUGUAAUAGACGCAAAUGAAGAGUGGAUACACGAGAUGUUUGAAUCUGAUACCGACGGCGAUGAAGAAAACUGCGAUUUUGAUGGUUUCCACGAGGAAUGGAUUUACGAGGAAUUUUCUCAGAGGGCAAAAGCAAACCUAUUCAGAAAGAGGGCGGGUCUGCUUUGUGUCCAUCCAGAAGAAGCCGGUGCACUGGAUUAUUUUGAACUUUUUUGGGACUUGAACAUGUGGCAACACAUUGUGACCGAGACAAACAUUUAUGCCGAACAAGAACGAGACAAAAAUCCCCCACCAACCUACGCCCCUCAUUAUAGACCAACAGACAUUCCGGAAAUGAAAUCAUUCAUUGGAUUGUGUUUUGGGAUGGGAAUACUGAGGUUGCCUGCCAGAAAUGACUAUUGGCGUGUUGGAAAGUUUUUGUUCAAAACAAAUUACAACCACAUCAUGCCAAGGGAUACUUUUAACUUGUUGUGGCGUUAUCUGCAUCUACAGAAUAAUGAAGAAUUGGGACCCCAAGGAGAUAGAAAUGCCGACAAACUUUUCAAGAUCAGAUGGUUUGUAAACUAUCUGAAUGAAAAAUUCCAGUCUGUUUACAUGCCAUACGGACAGUUUUCUUUGGACGAGAGUAUGGUCAAAUUCAAAGGCAGAUUGGGAUUUCGACAGUACAUGCCUGCAAAACCCAUCAAAUGGGGAGUGAAAAUUUGGUCGGUGUGCGAAGCAGACACUGGUUAUUUGUACAACUUCCAAAUUUAUACCGGAAAAGAUAACGGAGUCCAGGAGAAAGGUCUGUCACACCGUGUUGUCAUGGAUUUGUGCACGCCAUUGUUUGGAACUAACGCUUGUAUUUACAUGGACAACUACUAUACAGGAAUUGAACUGUUUCACGAUUUGCAUGUACAUGGAAUCCAUGCUUGCGGAACAGUCAGGGCAAACCGAAAAGGACUACCAAACAGACUUUUGCCGAAGAAUACAAAGCUUCAAAAGCAUGAAUUCAAGUUAGCUCAGAAAGAUGAACUGACAUACUGCAUUUGGCAAGAUACCAAACCUGUUCUCUUCCUUUCAAAUUUUCAUUCUCCGGAUGAUACUGGAAUCGUAUCCAGAAGAAACAACGUCCGCCAAAAAGUGAACGUCACAACGCCAUCACUCAUCAGUGACUACCAGAUGAAUAUGGGAGGUGUAGAUCGCAUGGACCAGAUGAUUCACUACUACAUGAUAAAUCAUCGAUCUCACAAGUGGUGGAGGCGUAUAUUUUUCAGCCUGGCCAUGUCAUGUGCACAUAAUGCAUACAUAUGUGCCAAGGAUGAACAUCCGAUACCAUCGAUGAAUCGCUGGCCCAACUUCCAGGAUUUUAUCGAAGACUUAUCUGAGGAACUUAUUGGUAACAGCAGGGCAAAAAAGGCUGUCAAAGUGUGUAACAUUGAAAGGCCAGUGCUAGAACACAAGGUUGAAAAAAUUUUCACAAAAAGAAAAGUGUGUCGAGAGUGUUCAUUAGCGGCAUCAGGAAAGGGGCAGAGGCCAGGAGCUACAAAUUUUGGAUGUGUGCAAUGUCAGAUUCCUGUGCAUGUUGAAUGCCAGUCCAAGCACAUUAUGAGAUGUUACAGUGCCUGAACUGCUGUCAAAACAUUUGUGUACAUAUCAAGUGACAAACCUGUAUAUAUUUUCAUGUGAAUACUCGCCUGAACUUUUUUUCUUUCUUCUUUUUUUUGACAAUUCCAUGGAUUAUUGCAGUGUAAAUAGUGUGUAUGUGCUCUUGGAAAAUCAACCUGGAUACAUGUUUUGAUCAGUAAGUGUAUAAUAAAUUAUUUGUCUUACCAUGAAUGAAUUCAGUGAAGUUUUAUUAUUUUGGAUCAUAAUGAUGUGAUGUGAAUCGUUUGCUUGCAGUAUAGGCACUUUUGACACGUCGACUUGAAUUUAUUAUAACUCCAUUAUUUAUUGGUGUAUCUUAGAUAUUUUUACAUCAUAAUGUAGAUAAUUGAAUUGCCUAUAAUUAAUACACUGACAAAUCACCUCUUUUAGCAUGUUUUCAUUCAGAUAUUUUGACAUCAACACAAUUUUAAUUUUUUUUACUACCAUAUUAUGGUAUAUAAUAUAUAUAAUAAAAUAUAAAUAUUGCAUAAAAUUUAUAAUAAAGUACACAGUUAUAAAGGGCAUUCAAUUCCAAACAAAAUGGUAUUUUCAUUUAUAUAUAUAACUUGAUAAAUAAAUAUUUUAUGGCAAUUUAUAGUAAACAGCGAAUUCCCACAUGCAUUUCCAGAAAUUCCAGAAAUUCUCAGAUAUUGGAGGUCACAUUCACAUGUGGGUUGCAGAAUGAAAAGAGUUAAGUUCAUAUGAGACUUCAAAACACCAGUCUUGUUUUCCACCAUAAUGCUGUGAAAUCUCUGGCCAAAUUCUUUCUGAGGUUUAACUUUUAUGAAAUCUAAUAACACUGUAGUCUGCUUGCUAAUCUUGUAGCUUGUUUGGCAAGCAACCAUCAUAUUUGACACAAAUGUGUGGUCUGAGAGUAUCUGAACUCACUUAUUUUCAUAGAUUUUUGAGCACAGUCCAAUCCAACAUAUUAAAGAAAUAAACAAAAAAGCUUCAUCAACUCUCCAUCCAUUCCCCAGCAUCAUAAACAGAGUCACUGCAUUAUGUACCACGCAACUUUCAUAUCCAUAUUAUGUUCUCCAUGAAGAAAUAAUAAAUGAUUAUUAAUAUAUUGAUCAAAUCUUUAUGAUAACUAAGUACUUUAUUUCUAAAGAAGAUUAUGACAAUUCAGAUCAGAUUUAAUCACACACAAAAAAAGUAAACCAACAUUCUACUUUAUAAUAAAUAGCAGAUGAAAAAGAAAAGUUGUUAUUUCAGCAAUAAGGAAGAAAUAUUAAUUAGUAUAGUACACACCUCUACCACAUACGAUCGAGACAAUAAAAGAAAGGUAAGAAAAGCUACUAAAUGGAAAGAAUACAUGUAUAUACAAUGUGCAGUCAUGUAUUUUUUUUAAAUGCACAGAGACACAUAAUUUUAAAACAUUUUAAAAUAUAUAUAUAUACUAGUAUAUAUAUAUAUAUAAGAGUAGAUUCUUUUUUCAGUGAAGCAUGACACCCAAAAAAGACUAUCUUUUUGAAAUGAAGAAUACGCACACACCACAAGCCAAAGUAUAAUACUGCUUACCUUUUCAAUGAA